UCUAUUCAGUCAGUUCUUGGCAAUCAUCGCGGUGUGGGUAUAGCUCGAAUUUUGCAGUUAACGUAAAUAAGUUUGGUAAAAAUAUAUUAAAGGACUUUAUUCAGUAUUUUACCAGAUUCAAUCAUGCCAUACAAAGUCGCUGAUAUUAAACUCGCAGAAUGGGGCAGAAAGGCUAUUAUCAUUGCGGAAAACGAAAUGCCUGGACUGAUGGCCUGCAGAAAGAAGUACGGUCCCUCUAAGAUUUUAAAGGGGGCACGUAUUGCGGGCUGCCUUCAUAUGACAGUACAAACAGCAGUGCUGAUAGAAACGCUCGUAGAACUUGGUGCUGAGGUACAAUGGUCCAGCUGUAACAUAUUCAGUACUCAAGACCAUGCUGCUGCAGCAAUAGCCGCAGCUGGCAUACCAGUGUUCGCAUGGAAGGGCGAAACUGAUGAGGAAUAUAAUUGGUGCAUUGAACAAACUCUAGUAUUCGCUGAUGGUAAACCUCUUAACAUGAUUUUAGAUGAUGGCGGUGACUUAACAAAUUUGGUGCAUGAUAAAUACCCACAAUACCUAAAGGACAUUAAAGGCUUGAGUGAAGAAACCACAACUGGUGUACAUAAUUUGUAUAAAAUGUUCAAGGAUGGACGUUUAGGAGUACCUGCAAUUAAUGUUAAUGAUUCUGUUACAAAGAGCAAAUUCGAUAAUUUAUAUGGCUGCCGCGAAUCUUUAAUUGAUGGUAUUAAACGUGCCACAGAUGUUAUGAUUGCAGGAAAAGUUUGCUGCGUUGCUGGUUAUGGUGAUGUUGGCAAAGGUUGUGCUCAAGCAUUAAAAGGAUUCGGUGGUCGCGUCAUUAUUACUGAAAUUGAUCCCAUCAAUGCUUUACAAGCUGCUAUGGAAGGCUAUGAAGUUACCACCAUGGAAGAAGCUAGUAAAGAAGCAACUAUAUUUGUCACUACUACUGGUUGCGAGGACAUUAUUACUAGUGCACAUUUUCUAAAUAUGAAUGACGAUUCUAUCGUUUGUAAUAUUGGUCAUUUUGAUUGCGAAAUUGAUGUUGCGUGGUUAAAUGCCAAUGCCAAGGAAAAAAUCAACGUUAAACCUCAAGUUGAUCGUUAUACACUGUCAAAUGGACGUCAUAUUAUACUGCUAGCUGAAGGCCGUUUGGUGAAUUUGGGUUGUGCACAUGGACAUCCCAGUUUCGUUAUGUCCAACUCUUUUACUAAUCAAGUACUUGCACAGAUCGAACUUUGGACAAAAGCUGAAAAAUAUUCAAUCGGUGUACAUAUGUUACCAAAAAUUUUGGACGAAGAAGUUGCUAGUUUGCAUUUGGAAAAAUUGGGCGUUAAACUUACCAAACUCACAGACAAACAAUCUAAAUACUUGGGUGUACCAAAAACUGGUCCCUUCAAACCCGAUCACUAUAGAUAUUAGUGAUUUUGUUUAUAAAAUUUUUUAGUUAUUUUAAUAAAAAAAAAUAAAAGCUAAAAA